AUGGAUAAACGCAAGCGUAAUAGUUGGGAAGAUUAUGACGUCAGGUCUAGGGAAUACCAAGAAGGACUCAAGAAGUUUGUAAAACUUGCAUUUGAAAGUGCUUGUGAUGGAACCAUUGCUUGCCCUUGUAGCAAAUGUGUACGGUACCAUAGGCAUAUCGAGGCAGACGUUUAUGAUCAUUUGGUAAUAAAUGGACCCAUGCGUGAUUUUGAGAAAUGGUUUACGGAUGUUGAUCUAGGAUCAACAUCAACAAUUGUAGGAGUUGAUGCAACUCAGGAGGAAUCAAGGGUUGCUAUGGAUGAUGUUGCACAAACGCUAGCAGAUGCUUUCGGUUGUCAUGAUGAACUUCUGAAUAAUGUUAUUAAUGCAGAGGGUCAAGUUGAUCCGGAGAUUGAAAUCGAGCAACCUGAUAAUGAAAAUUCGAAUUUCGAUGUUGAUAUGUUCAAUAAAAUGUUGAAAGAUGCUGAGGUAGAGUUAUACCCUGGGUGUAAUCAAUUCUGUAGGUUGUCAUUUAUUUUGCAUCUUUACCAUAUCAAAACUUCUUUUGAAUGGACUGACAUCUCAUUAGGUGUACUUCUAUUUUUUUUUUUAAAAGUCCUUCCCAAAGGUGAAACAGUGCCAGACUCCCUCCAUGAGGCGGAUACAAUCAUUAAGGGAAUAAGUCUUGGUUAUGAGAAAAUUCACGCGUGCCCAAAUGAUUGUAUGCUUUUUCGGAAAGACAAGGCUAAAGAUGAUAAUUGUAGUGUAUGUGGAGCAUCUCGAUGGAAACCUUCAAAUGAAGAGUGCAAGGGGGGUUCUUCUAGUACCAAGGCAAAGAAAGAAAGAAAGAUUCCAAUUAAGGUUUUAAGGUAUUUUCCCUUGAAACCAAGGCUCCAAAGGUUGUACAUGUCAUCCAAAACCGCCGAAGAUAUGAUAUGGCACGACAAGGAUCGCAAAAAAGAGAACGGUGUUUUGAGACACCCAGCUGAUACCGAGGCAUGGCAGAGUUUUGAUAGGAAAUAUCCAGAGUAA